CAUGCCUGAUAGCAUUGCGAUCCAAUUGGGAUGCACUUCAGUACAUAAUUGCUCCACUCCACUGAUCCCAGCUUUCAAAAAUUAUUCGGAAAAAGUCAAAUCACUUAUACUUCUUGGGCUCAAUGUGCCAGCCGAGUUUAGUCACACGAUUCAAACAAUUCCAUUCGGUUUUACAAUGGAUUAUAUGACCUCAAUAUGUACAUACGUGGGAUUGAAUGGACAUAGUGGCCAGGUAUAUUCGAUGUCAGUGAAGAUUUCUGAUCGAGCAUCGUGCCUAACAAGAGUGCCUGUUCCUGAGUUCCACCUAUGUUUUGAAGAUCUUGACUCGUCUGUAAUUCUCCCCGAUAAAACCCUUGGCGGGUCAAUAAUUUGCAGGGAACGUCUGGUCGGAAUGAUGAGCAUGUAUUCGUUUCUUCACAAAACUGGUCCACACCGCAUGUACGAUUUGACUGUAGCGUGAAAAAAAAACUCUAAUUUUAUAUCACCUUUAGCACAAAUGUGUACUACAAAAUUAUUAUUUCUAUUGUAUAAUUUAACCUUACUAUCAAUUUACUAUGAUAUUCGAAGUUGUGAAAUAAUUUUAUCAAUUUUAUCAAUUUCAGCAACGGCGUUAAUUUUCCAACUCCGGAAAUAUAAUUCUUAAAAUUGCGGUAAUACUA